AUGUCGCGAGAUAGGACAUCCCGGCGGUUCUACAGGGCGGAGUCCACCCACGAUCUGACCUCGUUCCUGGACCGGGGGCAGGCGGCCAUCGAUGAAAACCGGUGGACCUUCGAAACGGCGUGGGAAGCUGCCAAUAAAGUGGGCGGCAUUUACACGGUGAUCAGAUCGAAGGCGUAUGUCUCCACGGAGGAAAUGGGUGAAAACUAUUGCUUGCUUGGUCCAUAUAAGGAGCAGUGCGCCCGUACAGAAGUUGAAGAGGCGGAUUUCCCGCCAAAUUCGCCACUGACAGCCGCUGUCAACGUCAUGAGAAGUCACGGACAUAAGGUCCACACUGGCACGUGGCUGGUGGACGGCAACCCUCAGAUCAUACUGUUCGACAUCGGCUCUGCGGCCUGGCAGCUGGACUCAUACAAGCAGGAGCUGUGGGACACCUGCUCCGUCGGCAUACCGCACCUCGACGUGGAGGCUAAUGACGCCGUCAUACUCGGGUUCAUGGUCGCGCAGUUCAUAGCUGAGUUUCGUAAGGCUGCCGAGGGCUACAGCGACACGCCGCCGCGCGUGGUCGCCCACUUCCACGAGUGGCAGGCUGGCGUCGGACUUAUCAUGCUCAGGGUCCGCCAUGUAGAUGUCGCCACUGUGUUCACUACGCACGCGACGUUGCUCGGCCGAUAUUUGUGUGCGGGCAACACUGAUUUCUAUAACAACUUAGAUAAGUUCUCAGUAGACGAAGAAGCGGGAAAGAGACAGAUAUAUCAUCGUUAUUGCAUGGAGCGCGCUGCCGCACACAUGACUCAUAUAUUCACGACGGUAUCCGAUAUUACGGGAUACGAAGCUGAACACCUCCUCAAACGGAAGCCAGACAUCAUCACACCCAAUGGAUUGAACGUGAAGAAGUUUUCAGCUCUACACGAGUUCCAAAAUCUACACGCUUUAGCCAAGGACAAGAUUAAUGAAUUUGCGAGAGGCCAUUUCUAUGGGCAUUUCAACUUCGAUUUAGACAAAACCCUGUACUUCUUCAUCGCUGGCCGGUACGAAUAUGGAAACAAAGGCGCUGAUAUCUUCAUUGAAGCGCUGGCCAGGCUUAACCAUUAUUUGAAGUCAUCUGGGUCUGAAAUGACAGUGAUAGCGUUCCUGAUCUUCCCGGCGAGGACCAACAACUUCAACGUGGAGAGUUUACGAGGUCACGCCGUCACAAAAGCACUGAGGGACACCAUACAGGACAUACAGCAGAAAGUCGGCAAGAGGAUGUACGAUAUAUGCUUGAGGGGACACUUGCCCGAGGCACCGGACCUACUCCACAAGGAAGAUACAGUGCGGCUCAAGCGCUGCAUAUAUGCGCUGCAGCGGGACGGACUGCCACCGAUUACUACACACAACGUUGUCGACGAUUGGAAUGAUCCAGUUUUGAAUGCAGUCAGAAGAUGUCAACUGUUCAAUACAAUCAACGAUAAAGUCAAGGUGAUCUUCCACCCAGAGUUCCUAACGUCAACCAAUCCACUGUUCGGGCUGGAUUAUGAAGAGUUCGUCCGCGGCUGUCACUUGGGCGUGUUUCCCUCGUAUUACGAGCCAUGGGGCUACACCCCGGCAGAGUGUACCGUCAUGGGUAUACCCAGCAUCACUACCAACCUAUCAGGUUUCGGCUGUUUCAUGCAAGACCACAUAGCGGAUCCUAUGUCAUAUGGCAUAUAUGUGGUAGACCGCCGGUAUAUAUCUCUAGAAGGUUCUCUGACAGAAACUGGCGUCAGUAUAUGCCAAACUUUUUUUAAGGACACGAGAUUGACCCGUCGCCAGCGAAUUAUCCAGAGAAACAGAACUGAGAGACUCUCAGAUUUAAUGGACUGGAGGAAUCUUGGCAUCUAUUACCGGCAAGCUAGAGCGCAGGCGCUCAAAAUAGUAUAUCCGGAUUACGUGGACCAUAUGGAUUUGGAACUUGGCAAACGGUUCAAUUACCCGCGCCCGAUCUCUGAGCCGCCUAGCCCCACACAUUCCAGAGUCACGACCCCAGCAGCCUCUAUCCACGGGUCAGAUGACGAAGAUGAAGUUGAUGAGGAGAAGGAAUUAGCGGAACUCAGGAUUAGCGAUAAAUAACUUUAAGUUACUUAGGUAACAAAUUCCUCCAUUUAUAAACACGCCAUGAAAUAUUAACAUAAGAACAAUAUAUCUUUAUUCAUGUAAGUCUAUCAUAGGGGCUAUCCAUAAUUUGUGUCAAGCGUGAAUUAGGGGUACUGAGAAUGU